AUGAGCUCCCUAGCACACAUGUUAAGGACGUGGUUUGCUGUGUUCAUGAUGGCCAUGGUGCUCAUUCAUACCUGGCUAUCAUGUAGCCAGUCUCCAGGAAAGGUUGGAAUUUCAACAUCAAACGAAACAGAGAACACUGCGGAUGAAUUUGUAAAAGUGCCCCUUGUACAAGAAUGGAAACAAGAUGUGUCUAAAGAGAUUAUUGAAACUAUUGAGGAGAGUGAGAAAGUCCUACCAGUUGAAGAUGACUCUGUGGAGUCCAAAGGAGAAGAAUUCUCUGAUCAAGCUACUGCCAGUCCUAUCAUGGCUGAAACUGAUAUUAGCAACAUACCUAGUCUCUUAGCCAUGGAUCAAGUACUACAGGAAGAUUCCCAAAAGACAGAAAGUCAGAGUACAUGUAAAGAAACUGAAUUAGAGUCAAAAAAGUGUUUUCCUUCUGAGGGGGCCCAUGAGAAGCCCGUAGAUGAAACCACUGAGUUAACUGAAAUAAGUUCAAGUGAACAGCGUGAUGUGCCUGAAACUGAAACCCAAGUAUCAAACAAGGAAACAGCAGAAGUUAAACAAAGUGACAACCAAGAGCCCAUGUCCUUGGACUCCUUGACAACUCAGGAUUGUGCUGCUGCAGAAGAAGUCGCUCCUGCCAAACCCCCGAGGCAGAUCACUCCAGAACCUGACAUCGUGGCCAGUACAAAGAAGCCUGUGCCAGCACGACCACCUCCUCCAACGAAUUUCCCACCUCCUAGACCUCCACCCCCAUCUCGACCUGCUCCACCACCCAGAAAAAAGAAAAGUGAAUUGGAGUUUGAGGCUCUUAAAACACCUGAUUUAGAUGUUCCCAAAGAGAAUAUUCUAUCUGAUCCUCUUCUAACUACCAGCAUGGCGUCAGAGAGUACAGCCAAAGAUUCUCAGCCUUCGCUUGAUUUAGCAAGUGCUACCAGUGGAGAUAAAAUAGUUACUGCCCAGGAAAAUGGAAAAUCACCUGAUGGGCAGAUAAUAGCAGGUGAAAUGAUGAGUCCUCAGAGACCUAGAUCCAGCUCUGGGAGAGAGCUUACUGAUGAGGAAAUUUUAGCCAGUGUCAUGAUUAAGAACCUGGAUACUGGAGAGGAAAUACCUUUGAGUCUUGCAGAAGAGAAACUACCAACAGGUAUUAAUCCUCUCACUCUACACAUCAUGAGAAGAACUAAAGAGUAUGUAAGCAAUGAUGCAACACAGUCAGAUGAUGAAGAGAAAUUACACUCUCAAGCAACAGAUACUGAUGGUGGAAGGUUAAGACAGAAAACGACUCAACUAAAGAAGUUCCUAGGAAAAUCCGUGAAAAGAGCAAAACACCUUGCUGAGGAAUAUGGUGAACGUGCUGUAAAUAAAGUUAAAAGUGUGAGAGACGAAGUGUUUCAUACUGAUCAAGAUGAUCCUUCAUCAAGUGAUGAUGAAGGAAUGCCAUAUACAAGGCCAGUUAAAUUCAAAGCAGCACAUGGUUUCAAAGGACCAUAUGAUUUUGAUCAGAUUAAAGUGGUACAAGAUCUUAGUGGUGAACACAUGGGAGCUGUUUGGACCAUGAAAUUUUCUCACUGUGGCCGGUUACUUGCCUCAGCUGGACAAGACAAUGUAGUACGAAUAUGGGCUUUAAAAAAUGCUUUUGAUUAUUUCAACAACAUGAGAAUGAAAUACAAUACUGAAGGACGAGUGUCCCCUUCACCUUCUCAGGAAAGUUUAAAUUCGUCAAAAUCUGAUACAGAUACAGGCGCGGGCAGUGGACCUGAGGAAGACCCUGAUGAUAAAAAUGCUCCAUUCCGACAACGGCCAUUUUGCAAGUAUAAAGGACAUACAGCUGAUCUCCUUGAUCUUUCAUGGUCCAAAAACUACUUUCUGCUUUCUUCUUCCAUGGAUAAAACUGUCAGAUUAUGGCAUAUUUCCAGAAGAGAAUGUCUUUGCUGUUUUCAACACAUAGAUUUUGUUACUGCCAUAGCUUUUCAUCCCAGGGAUGACAGGUAUUUUCUAAGUGGAUCAUUAGAUGGAAAACUCCGCCUUUGGAACAUACCUGACAAAAAAGUGGCAUUAUGGAAUGAGGUAGAUGGUCAGACAAAAUUGAUCACAGCUGCAAAUUUCUGUCAGAAUGGCAAAUAUGCAGUGAUUGGAACAUAUGAUGGCAGGUGUAUUUUCUAUGACACUGAGCAUCUGAAAUAUCACACACAGAUCCAUGUCCGAUCUACCAGAGGGCGCAACAAGGUUGGAAGAAAAAUUACUGGCAUUGAGCCUUUACCUGGAGAAAAUAAGAUACUGGUCACCUCAAAUGAUUCCAGAAUUCGACUGUAUGAUCUUAGGGAUUUGUCCCUAUCUAUGAAAUAUAAGGGCUAUGUCAACAGCAGCAGCCAGAUCAAAGCAAGUUUCAGUCAUGAUUUUAGUUACAUUGUUAGUGGCUCUGAAGAUAAGUAUGUUUAUAUUUGGAGUACUUACCAUGAUUUAAGCAAGUUUACUUCAGUCCGGAGAGAUCGUAAUGACUUUUGGGAAGGUAUUAAAGCACAUAAUGCAGUCGUCACAUCAGCCAUCUUUGCUCCAAACCCAAGUUUGAUGUUAUCCCCAGACGUGCAAUCUGAAAAACUAGAAGGACAUGAAAAAAGUGAAGAUGCUGAAGCUUUGGAUACCAUGCCUUUUGGUAUCAUGAAGACAGAUCACACAGAAGUUCUUCUUUCUGCUGACUUCACUGGAGCAAUCAAAGUGUUUAUUAACAAAAGGAAAAAUAUAUCUUAAUUUGAAAUGGCAUUUUAAAAAAUGUAUCAGUAAGUUUCUAUAUGUAUCAGAGCUUAGGAAAAUAUUAUAGUGUUUCUGGCUAACAUCUUUUUUUAUUGAAGUUCUUCAAAUAUAAUAUAUUUUUGAGAGGCAGUGUUAACAAUCUAGUAAACCUUAGAUAGGCUAGAGGGGAAUGUGACUAGAAUAACAUUGCCAGACAUUAAGUUUUAUGUUUUGUUAUGUUUGUCUUUUUGUUAUAUAAUUAUAAACAUGCACAGGUUUCUGCAUGAAAAUAUAUUAAUAUAUUAAUCUUGUGUGUGUGCCUUUUGGUUACAUGCACUAAAUCUAACAGUUAAAUUAUUUCAGUGGCUCUUUUGGCCUCUUACCGGGGAGA